AUGACUGAUCACCACAAAGAAGGUGUCUUCCUCCAAGGGCUUCAGGUGGACCAAGAGAAGCUUGGAGCGACCGAGACUAGCAUCAAUGAAAACGAUCUCGACAGCCUUUUGCUGCAGUUGAAGCACCUGGUGGUUGAAAACGAGCUCGAUGUCAAUUUUCCAGCCCAUAUCCUCAACCAGGCACGGGAGAUUCUCGAUGCCGAGGCCCACCAUGUUGAUCUCUCUCAACUAGAGAUUCUCGUGGCUGAGAUCGCCAAGCACCGAGACUUGAUUGCGAACGACUCACCGUACGCGGAAGUCCGCGCAGUGGUGGAUCCGACGGACGACCCUGAAGUCUCGGCCAACACCUUCCGGGCCUGGUUUCUCGGGCUGCUGUCGACGAUCAUCUUCACCGCGGUCAAUCAAUUCUUUACCCUCCGCUACCCCACCAUCAAUAUCUACUCAUUAGUGGCCCAGCUGCUCUCAUACCCAUGCGGCGUGUUUAUGGCGCAAGUCUUACCCACGCGAAAGUGGAAUCUUCUCGGCUGGCACUUUACCCUCAACCCCGGCCCCUUCAAUCAGAAAGAGCACAUGCUGAUCACUGUCAUGUCCAACGUGUCAUUUGGAGGCACGAACGGGACCGCUUAUAUCACCUACAUCUUCCAAGCUGGAUUCCAGAUCCUCUCGGCCCUGUCGACCCAGCUGAUUGGGUAUGGAUGUGCCGGUCUGACCCGAAGAUUCCUGGUGUAUCCGCCUUCCAUGAUCUUCCCCAAGUGCCUGUCCACGAUCGCAUUGAACAAGGCCUUGCACGGCGACGAGGGCCGUGACAAGGAGGUGAAUGGGUGGAAGAUCAGCCGCUACCGCUUCUUCAUGUACUGCUUCGUCGCCAUGUUCAUCUACUAUUGGUUCCCCGCGUACAUCUUCCAGGCUCUAUCCUACUUCAACUGGAUCAACUGGAUCUCUCCCGAGAACGUCAAACUGGCCAUCAUCACCGGUACCAUCAACGGCAUGGCGCUCAACCCAUUCCCCACCUUCGACUGGAACAUCGUGUACGCACUCUACGACCCGAUCAUCUAUCCCUUCUACUCGCUCCUGAACAACGUGGUCGGGAUGGCCAUUGGAUCUUUCUUCAUCAUCGUGCCGAUCUACUUCACCAACGUCUGGAACACAGCCUACUUCCCCAUCAACAGCAACGACGUCUUCGACAACACGGGCAGCACGUACGACGUGAGCAAAGUCCUCAACAGCCAGGCUGAGUUCGAUGUCGAGGCCUACAGCAAAUACAGCCCGCCCUACCUUUCCGCGGGAUACAGCAUCAUGUUCAUGGCGUCGUUCGCAGGGUACCUGGCCGCCAUCGUGCACAUCGCGCUCUACAACCGACAAGAGAUCACCAAGGGGGUCCGAGCGCUGUGGAAGUGGACCAGCGCACGCGACGAGCACGAGGACGUGCACAACCGCCUAAUGCAGCGGUACAAGGAGGUACCCGAGUGGUGGUACCUGACCAUCCUCGCCAUCUCCUUCGUGUUCGGCUGCAUCGCGGUGGCCCACUACGACACGGGGAUGCCGAUCUGGGGCCUGGUGUUCGCCAUCGGGCUGUGCCUGUUCGUGCAGAUCCCGUACGGGAUGAUCUACGCGAUCACCAACACGGAGGUGACGAACAACGUGAUCGCCGAGUUCGUGGCGGGCUACGCCAUCCCGGGGAAACCCGUGGCCAACCUGAUGUUCAAGGCGUUCGGAUACAUCGCCUGCGCGCAGUCGAUCCAGUUCGCGGCCGACCUGAAGCUCGGACAUUACAUGAAGAUCGCGCCGCGGGUGCUCUUCGCGGCGCAGGUGGUGGCCACGAUCGUCGGGGCGUUUGUGUCCGUGGGGGUGAACGCGUGGGCGCUGGCCAACAUCGCGGACGUGUGCUCGCUCGACCAGCCCAGCAAGUUCACCUGCGCCGGCGCCCGCGACUUCUACACCUCCUCCGUGAUCUGGGGCGCCAUCGGCCCACGCCGCCUGUUCGGGAGCGGCCAGAUCUACAACCCCCUGCUGUACGGGUUCCUGCUCGGCGCCCUCCUCCCGGUCCCCUUCUACCUCCUCACGCGCGUCACCCCCAGCCACAGCAAGGCUGCCGCGGCCACCCGCUACAUCUACACCCCGCUCGUCCUCUCGGGCAUCUCCAACCUGGCCCCCUACAACAUGAGCUACGGCUGGCCGGCGCUGGUCGUCGGGUUCGUGGUGAACUACUGGAUCAAGCGGCGGUGGGUCGGGUGGUGGGAGAAGUACGCGUACGUGUUCACGUCGGCGAUGUCGUGCGGGGUGGCGAUCGCGGCGAUCGUGAUCUUCUUUGCCGUGCAGUAUCACGAGGUGGACAUCAACUGGUGGGGCAAUGAGGUCUCGUAUGUCGGGUGUGAUGACGAGGGGUGUCCGCUGUUGGGGAUACCGGCAUCGGGGAAGAUUUGA